CUGUGUAGCACUUCACAAUUGCCCAAUACAUCUACGUCGCGCUAACCAGCAUCAUAAAACUCACCCUCCUCUUCUUCUACUACUGCAUCUUCUACCACCACAACAAAGAUAAAAUGUUUCAUCACCUUCAGUGUUCUCUUCGUCACUGUAUCACGUAUGGCGCUCUUCUUCUGUAUCAUCUUUGCCUGCUCAUCUGUUAGUCACGCGUGGGAUGCAAUGUCUCCAGGUCACUACUGGGACCUGGUCAUAUUACUGUACUUCGUCGCUCUGGGGAUUAAAUACGACGACAAGGACGCGAAUACGGCUUUCAAUUAUUUUUGGCCUAGGAGGAUUCGCCUGUGUCGCAAGUAUAGUCCGACUACCAUGUCGCACGUUCUGACUGAGAGCAUGAACGCAACGUGGAAUAUCCGCGGAUUUAGCAAUGGACGUACGCUUAUCCCUCCCUUCCCUUCCCUUCCAUUCCCUCACUCGCCAGUCCCGACUAUCGGGCCGGCGAGUGUCGCUGUGCAGAGGGCGCAGGCUGCUACGGCGGGGGACACGUAUUAUCCUAGGGAGGGGGGCGUGGGAGAGGAUUGUUUGAGGGGCGUAUAG